AUGGGCGUCGACGUGCACGCCGGCGUCGGCGCCGGCAAGCCUGCAAGCCACCCCACAAGCGCGUUCGCUCCGGCGUGGGCGCGGCCCGCGGCAGCACUUGCGUCCGCGCCCACACCUCACGCGCAGACAGACCAUGCGGGCGCGCAGCCGAGCGUCCCCGCUGGCGCCCGCGUCGUCGACGCGGUCGAGGCCCCAGGGCAACACACGCUCGGGACAGACGACUCCGAGGACGUCGAGGCCGGUUCGCCACAAGCGUGCCUCGAGAUGACCAUGAUGGACCUCGUCGAGGACAUUCGCAACCACGGCGCCGCGCCCGCGGACCCCGCUCGCCCCGCGCAGUGCGCGCCCGCCGCCUCCGGGCCGCUCGCGCGGCUCGCGGACGUCGCGGGGCGGCACGCGAGCAUGGCCUCGACGUUCAGCGCGUCGUACCGGCAGGACAGCGCGGCCACCGGCGGCACGAGGCCCACGCCGGCGUCGCAGCAAGCGCCGACCGAGGACGGGGCGUUCGGGAGCUGGGCGCUCGGGAGCCACGACACGCGCAGCCCGGGGACGGCGGAGAGCGGCGGGACGCCCGUGGCGCCGGCCGUCGCGCCGAUCGCGCAGUACGCCACGCCGAUGCGCGGCGCGCGGGCGGCGGCGACGGGGUCGUGGUGCGUGCCGACGCCGCUGACGGGGCUGCACCGCGAGGGCGGGCGCGGCCCGGGCGGCGCGGGGCCGGGGGAGUCCGUCGUCGGCAGUCAGACGGGGUCGGAGAACAGUACCCCGGGGUCGUGCGAGAUGCCCCUGGCGUCGCCGAUCGAGACGCUGCCGCGGGCGACGGCGGCGGACGCGCAGCGUGUGGCGGAGGGGACUGCGCCGAGGGCGGGGUGCGCGGGGGUGGCGGAUGGGGGGUCCUGCGACACACCCCCCCUGGGGUCAGGGCAGGGGUCGCAGAGCAACGAGAGCCCCGACAUGGGCGCGUGGGCGCGCGCGUCCGGCGCCUGGGACGCCGAGCCGCCCAGCAGCGCGGCGAUGUUCGCGGCGGGGAGCAAGGGCGGGCUCGCGGGCGCGCGGCGCGCUGCGCCGCUGGCGGGGUCCUCAGAGACCAACAUCCGCGCGGGGUCGCUGGGACGCUCGGCGGACAGCGGGGCCGGGGAGCCGGGCGGGGCCGGAAGCGGGAUGCGGCAGCCGCACUUCUCGCCGUUUGCGUAG